AGAAUUGCGGCAUUUGUGUUUAUUUAUGCUCGUUUGUUUUCAUUUUGUUUUUUUCCCUAUGCAGUUUUACUACCUUUUUUUUUUUUUUUAAUUUAUUUUUCAUCCCUCUUUGAUAUUACCCCUUUCGUGUAAACUGCUAAAUUCAGAGGCAAACUGCGAAUAUUUUUACUGCAAAUGGGUAAGCAAAUACACAUAGUAUGCAAAAUUUGGCCAUUUCUGCCGCAUUCACAAAUGGAUACUUAGCAUAUUUGAAGGAAGGCUAACAUGUAAAUGUACCAUCAAGUUUUACGUUUUCAUUUAUUUACAUUCUUUUGCCCAUUUUACAAAAUGACGUCGAAGUUUCAAAAUUGCAAGAUUGUUGUGUAACCACAUUUUCUUCUUUUUUUUGUGUGUGUGGUUUCAUUUAAUUUCCGCCCCCUCACCUACAUGUUACAAGAAAUAUCGUUAAUAUAUUAAAAAAGAAAAUAAUGCAAAGUAAAUGUAAAAAUAAAAUAUACAGCUUAGCAAGAAAUGUGUAUAUAUUUUUUUUUGUAAUAAUCCACUUGAAUUCUCUUCUCCUCUUUGGCGUUUCGACAGUUAUUCACAAAAAAGAUGAAAACAGAAUAAACUUUCAAAAGACUUUUUACGUCAAACCGAUAAUCAAAAAAAGUGACAUAUUUAAAAAUUGCGUAUUGAAUAAAAAGUUACAUGGAACAAACUUUUCCCUAUUCACGAAAAAAAGACAUAAGGAAGCCUUAGCCCUCCGAAAAUAUCGAAUGACUGGACCCUCGACAGCCAGGAGGCACCACGGAUUAGAUGGAAGAAAGCGAAUAAACAAAGUCACCAUGAUGCCACAUAAGGAAAUAAAGCUCCCCGCAAGGAGAUGCAUGAUAUUGGGAAAAAUGGACAACUGGAAUGCACGCAAAAUAUCAAAGUCAGGUGUUAAAACGCAUAGAAAGCAGAGAGUGAAUUUACUAAGGAAGCGAAUUUACUUCGAAGAAGAAGAUCGUUUUGUAAAACUAAGAGUCAGUGCAAGAGGAUUGAAGACUAUAAAAAAAUAUGGCCUGGGUUACUGCUGUAAAAAAUUUAACUUAGACUUAAGCAAGAAGAAGUAUGAUGCUGGUCGUUCCCCCAGACGGAAGAAAAAGAAAACUGACGAAUUAGCAUCCGCACAAAAUGACGCAUUAUAUCAGAGAGCACCCCAGGUGCAUGAAGAUGCGACUGAAAUUUUGAAAAACCUCAAUCUGGACAAGAAGAAUAAGUAACAAAAUCGUGGCCACGAAAUUGGUUCCUAGAAUGAA